ACAUUUGGGAAAGUCAACUCUGUCAUUAGUCAGUAUUUGCACAGACCUUUUUACUGGAUUGCUGGUUCAGUAACCUGGAGUGCACUGUAUGGUCAUCGGUGUAACUGGACCAAACGUGAAUAAAAGUUUGUAAUCUUCAGCAAAUGACACAAGGUGAAGAAUGAUCAAAGGUGUUUUAGCAGCUGUGGUUGGCCUGCUGCCUCUGUCUUUAAGCCUGGAGUUAACAGGAUUGUUCGGGAGCUUCACUUCUCCCAACUUUCCGAAUGCGUACCCUAAUAACCAGCUCAUUACAUGGAACAUCACAGGUCCAGUGGGUCACAGACUUCGGCUGUACUUUACCCAUUUUGACCUGGAGCCCUCUCUUCACUGUGAAUAUGACUACCUGCAGGUGAUUUCAGAGGGCAAUGAUACAGUCCGAUUUUGUGGUGAGAAUAAAAACAAUUAUGAGGAUUCCCCAAAGAAAAGCAAUCUGUACUCCUCCACCAACACAAUGUCUGUGAUCUUCAGAUCAGAUUACUCCAACGAGGAACGGUUUACCGGCUUCCAAGCAUACUACGCUGUAGAAGACAUUGACGAGUGUGUGAUUACGGUGGAUGGAGAGCCUGUGUGUGACCAUUACUGCCACAAUUACGUGGGGGGCUAUUACUGCACUUGCAGACUGGGAUACCAGCUCCAUGCCAAUAAAAGGGAUUGCACUGUGGAAUGCAGUGGUCAGGUGCUUUUGGACAGGUCAGGUGAGCUGACAAGUCCACGGUAUCCGCUUCCUUACCCCAGAAUGAGUCAGUGCGACUACACCAUUCGCCUGCCGGACGGCUUCCAAGCGAGCCUUGAUUUUGUGGAUAUCUUUGACGUGGAGACUCAUCCAGAAGUUCCCUGUCCUUACGACAUGCUCAAGAUCGCUGCAGGUUUAAGGGAGUACGGCCCAUUCUGUGGAACCACACCACCGGCUAGAAUCGAAACUGGCACUCACGAAGUACGUGUGACUUUCUGCUCAGAUGGCUCGGGAAAAAACAGAGGAUGGAAGAUAAAGUACUUCAGCACAGCCAAACCUUGUCCAAACCCUGUGGCUCCUCUCCAUGGCCGUGUUCACCCGCAGCAGGACCAGUACAUCUUAACCGACACUUUCAACGUUACUUGUGACCUCGGUUAUGAGUUAACUCUGGGUGAUGAAAACCUACCCUUUUACCAAGCCACAUGCCUGAAGGGUGGAUUUUGGGAUGGUCCAAUGCCUCUCUGUACAUUGGUUGACUGUGGAGUCCCCGAUAAUGUUAACAAUGGAAGUGUCCAAUUCACCACAACCACAUAUACAUCUCAGAUCAAGUACAGCUGUGAAGAAUUGUACACCACGAAGGACAGUACCAAUGGAGUCUACACCUGUGGUCAUGAUGGCUUCUGGAGAGACACACUGGGUACAAAAAGUCCUCCUGACUGUAUACCAAUCUGUGGGAAGCCUGCAGGGAGACUGGCUAAGGUGAUUGGAGGAGAGAAUGCAGAGAAGAACGAGAUACCCUGGCAGGUAAUGAUCCUGAGGGGAGGUCAUUUAAAGGGUGGUGGUGCUCUUCUUGGAGAUGACUGGGUCCUGACUGCAGCUCAUGUUCUGCACGAUUAUGGCGACUUGUCCAACCUGGCAGUGAAAGUAGGCUUGGUCAAACGCUCCGAUCCCAAAGCUGUGAAGGUGAUGCUAGAGGAUAUCUUUAUACACCCAGGAUACCAUCACAAUGGGCUGAACUUCAACAAUGACAUUGCUUUGAUCAAACUGAGGCACAAGGUUCCUAUUAGCACAGCCAUUAUGCCAGUGUGUUUACCUGGAAAAGAGGAACGAUUUGUGCUGAAGACUAAUGACUAUGGGACAAUAAGUGGUUGGGGAGUAUGGCAAAUGUCCAGCAAUCGCGGUUCUCAUAAUCUAAAGUUUGCAGAAAUACCCGUGGUCGACUUUGGAGAAUGUAAGGCUAGGUAUGAUGCCCUAGAAACCUCAAAUGGGAAGCUGGUAGUAACAGACAACAUGAUGUGCGCAGGUUUGGAGGAGGGGGGUGUGGAUUCAUGUCAAGGGGACAGUGGUGGGCCGUAUGUAUUCCUGGACAAACAAAGUCAUAGCUGGUACAUUGGUGGCAUUGUGUCCUGGGGAUAUACAUGUGCCAAAGCAGGGUAUUAUGGGGUGUAUACAAAAGUGACCAAUUAUAUCACUUGGAUAGAAGACAUCAUGUCACAAAACAGUUAA